AGGAUGGGAAGUAGUCGGUACGGAACGGUUUCUGUGGAUCUCAGUUGGACGUGUUGGCGUCUGGGCGGUCUAUAACCACUCUACUGUGAUGUACCGCGUAGGAACGCAUGGGAACGACGAAACAGCGGGGCUUCGCUGGCAAGCAGUACACAUCGAUGUUGUCCAUAAUGCUCUCUUCAACUUGGAGAAGCUACCAAUUUCCUCCGACUGGUACCACGAAAUAGACUGGAUACAUUCAGGAAAGACUUCAGUUUGGGUCAUUGGUAGCUACCCGGAUUUUAUGUAUGGAGAGACCAUAGCUCUGAAAGGCUUUAGCCCAGAGACGCCUGACAAAGGAAUAUGGACAACCGUAGGGGCAGCAAAUAUGAAGGAAGUGAGCGUCAACUCUAGAACCGGGCAGCUAUGGGCGGUUGAAUUUGACGGCAAAAUAUGGCGCUCACCUUUCUACUGUGAAAUCUCAGCAAAGUACGACUGGGAGUCAAUUGAAGGCUGCUUCACGUCUGUAUCGGUGGGACCAGCAGGGGUUUGGGCGGUGGGCUAUUCCGGCGAUGUGUAUCACAGAGCGGGGACAUUGUUGAAUGAAACCUCCCCUGGUGAAGAAUGGGUACAUGUGCCAGGAGUAACUCUACAACAGUUGGCAGUGGGAGAUGGUAUCGUCUGGGGUGUAGACGUCAACAACCGUGUGCUUGCAAACGUGCUGCCAACGCCGAAUAACAAAGACGGGAAAGUGUGCCAAGUGGGGUUGACAGGACGUUCGAUGUGCUAUGCCACACAAAAGGAAAAACGUUUAUGUGCAGAGGACGAGAUCGUCUGUCCUCACAGCGGACAUUGCAUCCCAGAAUGCAGUGUGUGUGACGGCAUUGUGGACUGUGGGGAUGAUGACGACACCGACGAACGAAACUGCUGGUAUGCUGCUUGCCCAGAGAAGAACAGGCGGAUGUGUACGGGAGACGCAGGCUGCUACAGCCCGAGCCGUGUGUGUGACGGGGAUUGGAACUGUGGGGAAGACAAGGAGGACGAACGGGACUGUCCAGACAGCUGUAUCUACAUCAAUGAACGACAAAACUUUCUUCGGCGAGACCUUAUCCAGUGUCGCGAUCUGAAGGGCUGUGUGAAGAUCACAAAAGUUUGUGAUGGCAAGAGGGACUGUUCGGACGGCUCGGACGAGAUACGAUGUGGUGGGAACUUUACUUGAUGCUCUCCCUUUCCUUAUUGGACG